UGGUCAUGUGCGCCGAGCACAACAAAAACAAAGCCGUCCAGCCAAUCACAUCCCUCCACCCGCUCCCAGCCCUGCCUCACCCCGCUCCUCUGUGGCUCGCGCUCCUCUGCUGCAGUCAGUGUUAUUUGAGCUGUGAGCGCGUGAGGUCUGGCCGUGGCAGCAUGCCAGAGGUACCGACCAGAGCUCCGGAGAUGUCCCGGAAAAGAGGCGCCGAGCCCGGACCGCUGCCCGAGCACGUCCCGGAGAGGAAGAAGGCUUGCUGGGGCAUCUUGACCAGCCAAGGGUCAUGGGCAGAUCGCUCCCCUCUCCAUGAAGCAGCUUCUCAGGGUCGACUGCUCGCCCUGCGCACUCUGUUGGCCCAGGGAUAUCACGCCAACAUUGUCACCAUCGAUCAUGUGACCCCUCUCCAUGAAGCCUGCCUGUCAGGACACGUAGCCUGUGUCAGAGCAUUAAUAAACGCCAGAGCUAAUGUGAAUGCCACGACCAUCGAUGGUGUCACUCCUCUGUACAACUGUUGCACCUCUGGGAGUGUCGGCUGUCUGGAGCUGCUGCUGCAGAAUGGAGCGCACACACACACCACACACACACACUUCCCCUCGGCUCUUCACGAAGCCUGCAAGAGAGGUAAUAGUCAGUGUGUCGAGUCCCUGCUGUCUCAUGGAGCAGAUCCAGACUAUGAGGUGUCCCACUUGGGCUCUCCUCUCUACAUGAGCUGUUUAAACCAGCACACAGCCUGCUCCAAGAUUCUGCUACACAGAGGAGCAAAUGUUAAUGUAGGCAGAGGAGGUGACAGCCCUCUGCAUGCUGCUGUCAGACAGGACAAUGCUGAUCAGGUGUCAGUGUUACUGGACUACGGAGCAGAUGUCAACGUCAGAGACAGUAACAAUCAGCGGCCUGUGGAGGUAGCGCCUGCUGGUGGAAAAACACAACAGCUGCUGCUGACAUUUGAAGUUUCUCCGAGGAGUCUCCGCCAGCUGUGUCGUCUCCAGAUCAGGAAUCUGAUUGGUCGAUCCAGACUGACGCUGCUGCCUCUCCUUCCUCUUCCCUCGCUGCUCACUCAGUAUCUGGAGUACACAUAGGAUGAUGAUGCACACAUGCAGAAUGGCAGGGAAAAGCAGCUACAAUUCAGAUGCCAUUUCUUUGACAUUUUAAAUUUGGAUGUGCCAAGUCCCUUGUUAACCACAUUUUAAAAUAACAUAUCACAAUGUUUUAAACUGUAUGGUUGAGUUUUGCUUCUACAGUGUCAUCACAUCAAAAAAUACCUAAGAUUUACUCUGCUGCACACUGUGCUCUGCUACAUAGUGUUGCCUUUGUGUUGCCGUAAUUGAGACAAUCUCUGUUCAUUUCAAAUGUCUACUUACUAGGACUUAAAGGAACAGAGUGAAAGAUUUAGGGGGAUUUAGUGCCACCUGGUGGUGUGGAUUGCAGAUUGCAAGCUGCUGAAACUUCUCCCGGUUAGAAUUCCUUCAGUGUUCAUUGUUCAGGAGGUUUUUAGUGUGACCCAUAUUAUCCGCAUAGGUCUCCUCCUCUCCAAAACAAAUUGACACAGAGAUUUAUACCACUAAGAACACUCAAUAGAGCUGUUUCGUGUGUUUCUCACAUGAUGUUUGGCACGUCAGAGACCAGCCGCUAGCCCAGCCCCUGCUAAUGUGUGCUCACCUUUUUUCUCUGAUAACUUAAUGUGUGCUAACCUUUUAUCUGAUCCAGACAUUCAGGAGGUUUUUAUUGUGGGCUGAAUUAUCUGCAGAACAGAUGAUUUAAACCUUUUUUGUCUAACUUAAGAUCCAGAUGUUGAGGAGGGGUUUACUGGGAGCUGAAUUAUCUGUAGAGGUCUCUUCCUCUCCAAAACAAAUGCACCCGGUGAUUUAUCAUAGUAAAAACACACAAAAAAAGGGCAGUUUAACACUGAAAAAUUCCUGAUGCUGCUUGUCAUGGAGGGGCUGUUAACUACAGUAGCCAAUGCAAAAAUGCAAAUGGCCCUAUCUAAAGCUGGGAUACUGUAGAAACAUGGCGGUGCAACAUGUUGGACUCCAUGGAUGAGGCUCAUUUUAAGGUAACGAAAACACAUCAAUUCUUAUUUUCAGGUGAUUAUAUGCUAAAAAAAAUUCAUAUUGUAUUUUAUUUUUGCCAAUAUAUCCCCCUCAAUCCUACACACUGGACCUUUAAAUUUUCCCUGACAGAUUAUUGUCUGACUGAUAAUGACACCUGAUCAACUGUGAAUUAAUUUUAGCUCUUUAUGUUGGUAACGCACAAUACAUCAUUUUGUACAUAUUGGAAUUUAUUUUCCUUCGGCAAGUGCUGGACUUCACGUGUCUAUGUAUAUGUAAAUACCAAUAAAUGAUCCAUGAUGUGACCUCA